GGCAAUAAUUUAUCUUCCUGUGGAGUGGAAGAUUUUAUUUCCCGUGAUCACCAUUCGUCGACUCGCCUUCGCCGUAGCUCUAGCGCCAGAUAUUCCCGUCAAAAUAGUACCUUAACGACCGACACCCUAGAGCUUGAAGCAUGGUAUCCUGUUCACAUGGAAGGAGACAGACAGGCUUCGGCGCAAAGUCAAGAUUUUGAUCGGCAACUGCCUCUCGGUGAUCUCAUACUUCCUCCCCGUGUCACUUUGCAGAACCCUGCGUCGAACUUAUUCUAUCCAACUGAGGUUUCUCCUCUGAGCGAGGAAAGUCAUCCUCUUAGCUCCAAGAUAUUAGCACAAAUGUCCCAACUUGCCCAUCACUCGCUUGGAAGUAGCGGGAGCAAACGAAAUCGCAUCGGUAGCUGGGGUUUGAUCGCUAGUGGAGAAAGCAAACGGCCUUCGUUCCGUAAUGGAUUGGAGCUGCUCAUUGCUGUCAUCGGCUCUCCCGGAUGUGGUAAAUCCACCGUAAUCCACCAAGAUGCCAGCACGUACGGAUACUCCACGACCGAAAUUUGUAGCUUACCAUUUGGUAUACUAUAUCGCUACGACCGCCGGUUGGAAUGGCUUAGGCAAAGUGAAUCUUCAUUAAAUAUUCAUCUACUCAUCUACGAAAUGGAUAUCACUACAUUGGUUUCCGUUCCCCAAGUGGACGGAAUAUUUGUUUGUUAUGACGCAUCGGAUAAUUCUUCUUUCGAGCCUGUGGCGCGAUUUCUCCGGAUGUCCCACCCUUUCAGACUUCCCACAGUUGGACUGGCCUGCAAAUCCGAUCUAAAUACCACAGUCGACCCCCAAAUUGCCUCAGAACUUUUUCAAGGUUUUGAUUUAGGUCUCGUCGAAGUUUCAAUUGUACAAGAUGACGGGAAGACAAAGAUGGGGAAAUCAUUCAAUUGGAUAUUAAGAUCCAUUUUACUUACACGCAGCCUUCGACUCCCGACCUCACAGCCCGACCAGCGGAAUCCAGCAUCUCCUGAAUCUUUAGUAUCUCCUCUCCUUUUAGAUCAUCCAAAAAUGGUCACAGCACUUGAAAUUCCAGUGUAUUCCUUGCAUUCUUCUACAUCUCCGACGCGCACACCCCUGACCGCUGAUCUAAACCGUAACACAUCGACUAUUCAUCUCGAUCCACCAGAAAAGAAACAGUCUAAUCAAUGGAAUCUGACUGACUAUGACCAUGUGAACUAUAAAUCACCCCCCCCAAGUUUGGGAGCUCAGGUCGAUAAAAAAGAGAAGCUCAGUCGUCCUGUACAGUAUGCCACUCUGGAAGAGCUUCUCGACAAACUUCUUUUCCUGGCAGUCAGCGGGGAUGAUCCGACAUAUAUUUCGAAUUUCUUGCUUACCUACCGGCGGUUUGCAACUCCUCGUAGUGUACUGUUAGCGAUGCAAAAGCGUAUGCGCCAUCUUGAUACCUCACCUGGUGAUCCUAUGUUGGCAUGUUAUGCUCAAAUGAGAAUCUGUCACUUGCUUGAGUCUUGGAUGGAAACCUAUGCGCAUGACUUCGCAGUGCCAGGCGCUUCGGGUGCACUCAACGCACUAGUGAAGUCGAUCAUCGCCAAAACUUAUUUACUUCAUUAUGGCUCCGAUUUCCUCCCUUUUCUAGAGCAAGCUUCUAGUCUCGUGGAUAAGGAUGCUGCCUGGGCACAGAAAUGUGAGGUCCUAGCGGAAGAAAACGAUGAUCCCUAUAGCCCAUUCGGUGACGAAGACGAAUUCCUCAACAGUCAUGUUCGUUCGCCCAUCACCAGUUCUCCUUCACUCGUUCCUCUAUACGAUGACUCUAUAUUACCUUUUUACGCAGUCAGGGAACGUAAACUAAGUUUACCACUUAGUUCCCUCGUGCCGUCUAUCCCAUCCCCCACCAAUCACCCAGAUAGCCAGGAAAUGUCAACGAAACAGCUCCUCAAAGAGCUUCUGAAGAUAUCGUCGGAUAUACAGAACCUGGAUUCGGGAGAUAUUGCGCAGGAGAUAACAAGGGUGGAAGUAGUGGCUUUCAUGAGCAUCGAGCCAAGAGAUUGGCUUCACUAUACACUUGUUACAGGGAAAAAGAGCUCGGAUUCUGACACAAUUUCGCGAUUCAAUGCAAUAUCUAGCCAUCUCGCUGACUGGGUAGUGUCGCUUAUCCUUUGCCACGACAAACCAAGGCAUCGAGCCCGCCAGAUCGAGAAAUUUGUGGACAUAGCUCAUAAGUUGCGCGCUCUCAACAACUACUCGGCUCUGCGAGCUUUUGUGGCUGGUAUCAACAAUUCCACCUUUCAAGGAGAUGACACCAUGGAAGUUUUCAGGACUAAGGCCCCAGAACACUUCAAAAACCUCCUAUCGUGGGAUGUCUUACUACAGCACAGAGGGGCUCACCAAGCUUACAGGAUGGCUUUAAGGAACACGAAGGGUGCCUGCAUUCCUGCCUUAGAGGUUCAUAUGUCCGACCUCAUUCGCGCACAAGAAGGUAACCCUGAUUAUCAUCCAUCCGACCACGGUCAAAUACAUUGGGGCAAGUUCAAUAUGUUUGGAAAGUUCAUCCAAAGCACAGCCCAAUGUCAAGUGCAAUGUGAUACCUCCAGAGACUAUGAUUUUCCUGAGAGGCCUCGGAUAGGGACUCUAAUUUUUAAUGAAUUUCUUAUGCCGGAAGACGUGCAAAUGACGCGGAUGGCACCAUUGCCCAACUCGGACACCGAAGAGCUUCAUCGAUUCAACACAGCCCGCUCCAGUUCUCGUGAUCAUUCAACAUCUGCACAAAGGGACGCAGCAUUCAUACGCAGAAUUUUCCAAUGGUAACAACCGUGCUGAGAUUGAUUAACGUUUGCGAGAAUUCAUGAUGCGAGCGAGAUUCAUGAUAAGCAAGUAGAUUGUUGUAAGAAGUGUAUAUUUCUGGUUACCAUAGGGUACCAAGUCUGAAUUACAUAUCAUCAUAUUGAUGCGUUGAAACUAGGUUCUAUCAGUACUGUAAUAGAGAUAAAUAAGUUACUGU